GAUUCUCUUUUGAAGCAUUUCCUUAAUGAAAAAUUCUUAAAACAUUGAAGAAAAGGGAGAAGUUUGACUGGUCUUUCUAAAAUAUGCAACUGAGUAAUGACUCAGAAAGAUCAUGGCUAUCUAGUGCUUCUUCUGAGCAGGGAUAAUUCUAAAAACAUAAAGAACAUGAUUCUGAAAAUAACUUGAUAUGGUUUUGUUCAGAAUAUAAUAUAGGGAUCACAUAGAUUUUAGUUUUAUUUUUCAUGACACAGUGCCUUAACAACCCACACAACAAAUGGAGGCUCCACUGAGUCAUGCUCAUGCAAGAAUACUCCAGAAGUCUAAUAAAUCCAUGUCAGAUGCUGUAAGGUUUCAAAUCUAAUAAAGAUCACCAUGCCACGUAGGACUGCUCUUAGUUUUUGUUUUAUUUUGAUUUUCUAUUUUUUUUUUUGUCAAAAUAUUCCAUCCUCCAAAGUACUCUCCAAUAGUAUAAAUAGACAUGUAAGUUCUUGUACUGUCAUUCAGUUCUAUAGAAGCCAUUUCCAAGUUAGUACUUUGUUUCCAAUAUGUUGGUAUAUAUGAUGAAAGUUUUCCUCACUUUGGUUCUUGUUGCGGUAUUACCCGGGGAGCCUGUUGUUUGUGUUAGGAAUUCGCCAUACAUUGGUGACAAGAGAUUGAACUCAUUGGAGAAUGAGCAUCUUGUAACUAAUUUGCCUGGCCAACCAGCUGUGGACUUUAGGCAGUAUGCUGGUUAUGUUACGGUGAAUGAAAAGAAUGGAAGGGCACUCUUUUAUUGGUUCUAUGAGGCCACCACUCACCCUGAUGAAAAACCUCUAGUGCUGUGGCUCAAUGGAGGUCCUGGGUGCUCUUCUGUGGGAUAUGGGGCAACACAAGAGAUUGGCCCUUUCCUAGUGGACAAUGAUGGACAUGGACUUAAAUAUAAUCCCUACUCAUGGAAUAAAGAGGCCAACAUGUUAUUCCUGGAAUCUCCAGUGGGUGUGGGAUUUUCAUACUCAAAUACAACAAGUGAUUACAGUGUCUUAGGAGAUGAUUUUACUGCAAAUGAUGCUUAUGCUUUCCUGCAUAAGUGGUUUCUCAAGUUUCCGUCAUACAGAAUGCGGGCAUUUUAUAUUGCAGGGGAGAGCUAUGCAGGAAAAUACGUUCCUGAACUUGCUGAGCUGAUACAUGACAAGAACACAGAUCCUUUCCUUCACAUUGAUCUCAGGGGUAUCCUGAUGGGUAAUCCUGAAACAAGUGAUGCUGAGGACUGGGCUGGGAUGGUGGAUUUUGCUUGGAGCCAUGCUGUUAUAUCAGAUGAAACCCACAAGAUAAUUAGAAAAAGCUGCAACUUCAACAGUAAUGACACAUGGAAUAAUGAUGACUGUAAUCGAUCUGUUGAAGAAUUAUUCAGACAGUACAAUGAGAUAGAUAUUUACAGCCUCUACACCUCUGUAUGUAUUGGUGAUUCAGCAAGUUCAGAUGACAAAUCUAUGCAAAUCAAGUUUAUGCGUACGUCAACAAUGGGAGUUUUCUUUCAGAUGCCAAGGAUAAUGGGUGGUUAUGAUCCAUGCCUGGAUGCAUAUGCAAGAGCUUUCUACAAUGGACCAGACGUUCAAAAGGCCCUCCAUGUCAGCGAUGGUCACUGGCUCAAGAACUGGAGCAUCUGCAAUGAUAAGAUAUUUGAUGGGUGGAAAGAUUCAAAGCAAUCAGUUCUUCCUAUAUACAAGAAGCUGAUUUCGGCAGGGCUUAGAAUAUGGGUCUACAGCGGAGAUACAGAUGGAAGAGUUCCUGUACUGUCCACAAGAUACAGCCUAGCUGCUUUGGGGCUGCCCAUCACUAAAGCAUGGAGGCCCUGGUACCACCAAAAGCAGGUUAGCGGUUGGUUUCAAGAAUACGAAGGGCUCCUGUUUGCAACAUUUAGAGGAGCAGGGCAUGCUGUGCCUAUUUUCAAACCGAGCGAGUCAUUGGCAUUCUUCUCAGCCUUUCUUCAGGGGGGCUCUCCGCCUUCUUCGCGAUAAGUCGCUGAUGCUAAGUAAUUAAUUCGGCUGUCUUGUUCGCCAAUGAUUUUGCUCUUAGUAAUGUAGGUUGUUGUAGGUGGCAGCAGAAAACAGUCAAAAAUAGUAAUUUAAAACAAAAAAAUAACAAGAUAAUGCUAGUAAUGUUGUUCCUAGACUACAGGACAAGGAACCAUUAGCUAUUCUGGAUCCAUUUUGUUGCCGUCUUGCUGCAGACGGAGAAGAAGUCCAAGUUUAGAUCUUGUCUUCAAGAAAAAGAACAAGAAGAAAACAAAUGUAUGAUACCCAAUAUUACCUCCUCCUUAAAUUGAUAUUGCAAAUAAAUACGCCAAAUUACACUGUA